AUGACCUGCGGCUCGGAGCCACAUUCUCAAACUGAUGACAGCUACAAAAGCCAAGUCAAAUUGUUCUACCGGUCGACUGACAGAGGUGUCUGGUCGAUUGGAUCCAAACUGGUCCUCAAAGAUCGAGGAAACCAUAACCAGAGCGACGAGGCAUCCAACAUCCGACUUGUUGAGAAGAAGACAUCUAUUCCAGUACCCAAAAUCCUCAAGGAUUGGAAAGAAGGCGAUCAUAGCCUGAUGUUGAUGGAACGUGUUCCUGGCAAGCCACUCAGCAUUGCCUGGCGGAAACUUUCUGCGGAGCAGAGAGAAAACAUCGCAAAACAAACAGCGGAUUAUCUGCUCCAACUUCGCGAACUCCAGUCCGAUUGUGGCUUUGAAGAUCUUCAGAAGUUUUGUCCCUGCGGCUCAUUCGCUUCAGAUGAAGAGCUUUGGAAAGAGAUGGAGGGUGCAUUGCAUGAAUCUGUUCCCGAGGCCGUGCGGAGACUACUCCGACGUCGGAUGCCGCCGGCUACGCCGUAUACCUUUACACAUGGGGACCUUAGCUAUGGCAAUAUCAUGGUAAAGGAUGGCUCUGUUACUGGAAUCAUUGAUUGGGAGACGGCCGCGUACAUGCCUGUAUGGUGUGAGUCUUUUUGUGUCUCAUUCUCGGGUUGCGAGGAAGAUGAAGAGUGGAGGAUGUUGUUGCGCAACUACAUGCUUGAUUAUGAUGCUGCAUACAACUUCUGGCACCAGUAUCACUAUCUCUGUCUCGAUCCAAACAUAUGGGGAAGGCAUUUCAUCGACGAAGCCGAGCGAAAGCCAAUCAGCCGUGAUGAACUUUUCGCAUAUACAAACGGCCAAUUCCUGGUCGAUGAAGAGGAACAGCUGGCUCGACGCUACAUAAAGUUCGACCUCGAUGCUCUCUGCAGCGUAGCUGCGGCCGUGGGUGACGUUCCAUCUCCCGUGGCAAGGGUGAGCAAAUUGGAAGGUGGAUUUAGCAAGGCCCUUCUGAUGAGAAAGGAGAAUGGGUCAGAAGUCGUUGCUAAGAUCCCUUGUCGAAUUGCUGGACCUGCAGGGCUGACAACUGCAUCCGAGGUGGGUGUCCUUGAAUACUUACGCAGAAACACCACAAUCCCGGUUCCUCGGGUACUCUCGUGGUCCUCAGACCGGAGCAAUUCCGUAGGCGCCGAGUAUAUCGUGAUGGAAAAGGCUACUGGUGUCCCCUUGUUUCGUGUAUGGGGUGACAUGACAGAAUUUGAGAAGUUGCAACUUACCCAGAACUUGACCAAGCUCGAGGCACAGUUAUCAGUCAUCAGGUUUCCUGCCUACGGUGGUUUAUAUUUGCGCGACCAUCCACAGAGCUCAAAACCUCAAUGUCUACUUCUAGAUGACGAUGUUGAUCGAUCGCAAUCAUUUUGUAUUGGCCCUUCUCCUGACCGUCAAUUCGACGUCUAUUCGGACCAAUCUAAAGAUCAAGGCCCUUGGACCACAUUACCGGAACUGGGUAUAUCCAUUGCAAAGCGCGAGCUAUCCCGCAUCUCAACGAUCCCAAACAAAUCAGCCAUGUUCUAUCAAGGCACCCUGGAAGAGCAAGCCCACUUGCUCAACCUCACAAUAGGCCUCAUGACCAUGCUGGACUCUCAUUCCGCAUUGGUGCAAGUCGGGCAACCCACCUUGUGGCACACCGAUUUACACAUGGGUAACAUCUACGUGGCGCCCGACGAUCGCACAGAGAUAGUUUCAGUCAUCGAUGUCCAGUCCAUAUCGGUUAUGCCUUUAUUCCUCCAGUCCCGAUGGCCCGAGUUCUUGAAGCCCCCAGACAACUACACCCAAGGCUUCACGAGUCCUGAGCUUCCUGAUGGGUACGACAAUAUGAACGAUGAGAGCAAGAUGCUGGCUCGACGCGAAUGGUCGCAGGCCAAACUAGCAAAAGCAUACGAAGUCUCGACAUACCUCGAGAACCGACCCGCACAUAUUGCAAGAAACGUGCCGCGAGUGUUCCGAGAAUUGUUCACCCGCUGUGGGGAAGUGUCUGAGGUAGGAGUCAUUCCCCUCCGAGCAUGUCUGAUAAAAAUAUUCCAGAACUGGUCCAACCUAGGCUUUACCGGAUCUUGUCCAUAUUCCUUCUCGGAAGAAGAAAUUAAGACGCAUGAGCGGCAAUUUGCUGAAUACCAGGCGUGGCAUGAAGUUCAGUAUCUUGCACAGGAGUGUCUGGAUACAGACGCAGAAGGAUGGAUAUCACCCGAGCUAGACAUCGAGGAGAAGCGACGCCAGAACCGGGAGUUACUGGCGAUGUUUAUCGAGCGUAUGGCGGGAGAGAAGUCACCGGAGCAGGCGAGGCGGAUGUGGCCGUUUCCAGAUGACGCUUGGAUACCAGUUUCCAUCCAUUAUUCAGAUAAAUAA